AUGGCUUCUAGAGAUUCCAUUGCAGAGGAUACCACCGAACUCAUAGGUAAUACCCCAAUGGUUUACCUACGAAAGAUAGGAAGAGGCUUGCCUGGUACGAUCGCUGCAAAAGUUGAAUACAUGAAUCCUGCUUGUUCCGUUAAGGAUCGAAUUGGGUUGGCCAUGAUCAAAACUGCGGAGGAGACUAGACAGAUACGUCCUGGCCUCACCACUCUUAUCGAACCGACAUCUGGCAAUACUGGCAUAGCGCUUGGAUUGGUUGCUGCUGCUCGAGGAUAUCGGUUGAUUAUUACUAUGCCGGCUAGUAUGAGUAUUGAAAGGCGCACAUUACUGAAAGCUUACGGAGCGGAACUUGUUCUGACUGAUCCUGCGUUAGGAAUGAAAGGGGCGAUCGAUAGAGCUAGUCAGCUCCAUGAAAACAUUCCUAACAGCUAUAUUCUCGCUCAGUUCGAUAAUCCAUCCAAUCCUCUCAUCCAUUACGCCACCACUGGACCUGAAAUUUGGAAACAAACGAGUGGCAAGGUGGAUGCGGGUGUCUUCGGGAUUGGAACUGGAGGAACUAUCACAGGAGUGGGACAGUAUCUGAAAGAGCAAAAGCCUAAAGUGAAGAUAUUCGGUGUAGAACCUGUUGAGAGUGCUGUCCUUAGCGGAAAGAAGCCUGGUCCUCAUUGCAUUCAAGGUAUUGGUGCCGGUUUUACACCCACUGUUUUGAACCCAUCAAUAUACGAUGAUAUUGUCACUGUUCAUUCUGACGAAGCUAUGGUUAUGGCUAGGAGGAUGGCGCUAGAAGAAGGUCUUUUGUGUGGAAUUUCGUCUGGUGCUAAUGUACAUGCAGCAUGUAAGGUUGCUGCUCGUCCAGAAAUGGCUGGAAAGCUUAUAGUGACGUUGUUGCCGAGCUUCGGAGAGCGUUAUCUCUCCUCUCCGCUAUACGCUAGUAUCCGCGAUGAAGUAAGCGACAUGGCGGUAACUUCACUUGAAGCAGAUUUAAAUCGGACCGUUCUUUCCUACGAGACACGCCAUCCAGACUACCACAGCCGCAGACCGUCUAAUCACGCGGCUGGUCAACAACAAAAGCACCACUACAACCAUCAAAAUAACUUUCAAUGA